UGUGCUUCUGUCCAAUCAAAGAAUGGGACUGGGGAUUGCUGGGGAGAAGUAGAGCGCAGCAGUCACUUACUUCUGGUCACUUAACACUGUAUUCUACCUCCAAUACCGAGCCAUGAAGGAAGACAAAGAAAACACAAAACCCAAGGAGAGGAAAGGGGAACAGGGAUUAGGGGAGGACGGGGACAAGCUGGAGAAGGUGAAGGAGAAAAAGGAAGUCAUGAGCAAGGUAGUUAUCCGUCGAUUGCCUCCCAGUCUUACCAAAGAGCAGUUGGAGGAGCAUCUCCAGCCCCUACCGGACCAUGACUACUUUGAGUUUUUUGCCAAUGACUCUAGUUUUUAUCCUCAUACGUUCUCAAGGGCGUAUAUAAACUUUAAAAGUCAAGAUGACAUUGUGUUGUUCAGAGAUCGCUUCGAUGGAUAUGUUUUUAUUGAUCACCGAGGACAGGAAUAUCCUGCGAUAGUGGAAUUUGCACCUUUUCAAAAAGUAGCAAAAAAGAAAACCAAGAAGAAGGAUUCAAAGAUUGGAACUAUUGAAGAAGAUCCUGAAUACAGAAAAUUUCUGGAUUCUUACAAUGUGGAUGAAGAGAAACUUACAUCAACUCCGGAGACUCUACUGGAAGAAAUAGAAGCACGGAACAAAGAAAUGAUAGCCAAGAAGACAACACCACUGUUAAGCUUUCUGAAAAAUAAACAGCGCCUGCGAGACGAAAAACGUGAAGAAAGGAGGAGAAGAGAACUUGAACGGAAAAGACUACGUGAAGAGGAGAGGAGGAAGUGGAAAGAAGAAGAAAGAAGGAAAAGGAAAGAUGCAGAAAAACAAAAGAAGUUUGAAAAGGCUCCAGAGAAAGAGACUGAGAGGUCCAAGGAUGAACCAAAAAUCAAGCUUCUCAAGAAGCCUGAGAAAGAGGAUGAGAGAGAAACAGAAAAGAAGUUUAAGCCCAGAAAAAAUGAAAAGGAAAAUGUGAGAGAAGAGCGGGUCUCUACCGCAAAGAGAUCGGAUGGUGAAGCUGGGGAGGAAAAGUUGAAAAGAGGUGACGAUGAAUAUGUGAAGGAAUACAGAGAGAAAGAUUAUGAAAGAGAAAGACGACUCAGGGAAAAGGAAAAGAUGAGAUACCAUGAAGACGAUCGCCGUAAGCCAAGGGAACGUUACGAGAAAGACCGAUGUUUCCGGAGAAGAGAAGAUGAUUACAGGAAGGAAAGGGAGACUAUGAGAGACAGAGGACGGAAGCAAGAGGUUAUGGAUUGUUCGCACGGCGCAGAUAAAUCUGAGAGAGUAACACGUGAAGAAAAGAAGGAGGACAUGGCCAAAAGAGAUCGGAUUAGGAACAAGGACCGUCCAGCGAUGCAGUUAUAUCAACCAGGAGGAAGGAGUAGAAGCCGGCUUACUCAACCCGAAGAGAGUCCGGCUAAGUCUGCGGAUCAGACCACAGAGAAGAAGCAAGAGAGUGAGUCCAAUGUCACCCGAGAAGGAGAGUAAAAAAAAGCGAGACGGCUUGGUGCCCUGCCCAUCAUGAUAACCAAAGAACACAAUCUGCAAUCCAGAAGUGCCUUCGUAGAGGAGGAAUCGAGAACAGGCAGGAGGAGAAGUGUCAAAAGGAGAGCUUUGGGGCGUCAGUGGGGUAAUAGAGGAUGAUGUUUGGCUAAAACAAAAAAAAAUCUGCUGGAUUUGAGAAGACCAUGUGUGCGACUGGACAGUCUUUAGAGCUACAGCCAUCGUGGUGAGACAGAUGGAAAUUUCUAGUUUACAAUCUCAGUAUUGUGGCCUUAAUGAAACACAAGUCCUCCGUUCCUGUGUUGGCAGAGGGUUAUGACAGAAGAAUAUUUUUGAAUGUCCUUUUCAGCUUGAUCUUAACAAGGGCUGAAUACACAGAGGUAGCCCAGUAUUUCAGUUUUGCAGUGUAGAUGUUAAGAUGUUGGCUUUUUUGAUUCGUUUACCAUGCAAUCAAGAGGUGUUUUCCUAAGAAAGUAUAAACUCUGCUGUAAAGAUGUGAAAUAACUGUUGCAGUGUGUUUGGUUUGUGUUUUUUUUUGUUUUUUUUUUUUCUCCUAAUUAUUUUCUUAUAAAUCUUUAUUACUCACAUUAUGAGGUCUGCUUUGAGAUAAUCGCAAACCAUUGAUUGCUUAUUUUAUCAGAAUGCCUCCAUUAUAUAAAGAGUUGAUCGAUCUUCUUGAAUAAAACCUAAAUGUUUUCUUAACUUUUAUUUUCUAAGCUAAAAAAUAAAAGGAACUUUGGAAA